AUGGAUAGUGGCUUCUUAAAGGGGUCUGGCCGCUUAAUAGAGUUAAGUAAUUAUGGUAUCAAUAAUUUCCCUUUUUCUCCUACAUGUUUAGUUCCAUUUACAACGCGUGGGCGUAGUGGACGAUUUGGAACUAUUCAGAAAUUCACCGUUCCCAGAAGCGCUCGCUAUCUUAUCAAAGCUUGGGGAGCCCGGGGAGGAACACACUCAUACAACUAUGGAUACAAGCCGGGAACUUACUAUGGCGGCAAGGGUGCGUACAUUAAGGGCAAGUUCAGACUGACUAAAGGAACAGUGCUGAAUAUUGUGGUGGGACAGAGAGGAGGAAACUCAGUAGAGGUGAAAGGAGGAAUAAGUACUACCCAGACAGCAGCUCAGCUAGGGCGGUCUGUAGAGGACAAUGCUGGUACAGGGGGAGGAGGAGGAAGUUUUGUUUACACUAGAAGUAAUGUGCUUUUAUUAGCCGCCGGAGGGGGAGGGGGUGCGUCUAGUGGAUAUAACGGGGUGGAUGGUCAGGCGGGAACAACAGGCACCAGUAGUGUUGGGCAAAUUCCGUCCAGAGUUCGGAAGGGAGGUACUGGGGGGCAGCCGGGUGAAUGUAACAGUGCAGGAGCUAGUUACCAUGGGGGUGUAGGUGCAGGCUGGUAUGCUCAAGGGUGUGCCAGGAAGGGGAAACAGCAUGGAGAGACGGGCGGAUCACGUGCUCAAGGCUGGACUGGAGGUCGAGCCGGCAGCAUGAACAGCGGGUACAACGGGGCGCGAGCACCAGGAGCGGUGGGAGGAUUUGGUGGUGGUGGAGGGGGGUCAGAAGAUAAUGGUGCAUCUGGUGGAGGGGAAGGGUACUCUGGGGGAGGCAGCGGUACCCGUGCACGCCAAGCUGGAGGGGGAGGGGGUUCGUACUGUAGUGGUCAGGGUUGUUCUGGUGUAACUGGUGGAAACUCCAAUGAUGCAGGGCUUGUGAAGAUUAUCGAGAUAUCCGCAUAAUAACGAAAACAUGUUUUUUGUUUUCUUUAUCUCAAACCAACUGGUAGACAUAACCCUCCGUAGAUUUAAUCUUCAAACUAAUUUUUUCUCAAGUAAAAUAGUUUUCCUGGUUAUUCCAUAACUUUUUUCACCAAAGCAAAACACAUCAGCAAUGUAUAAAAUAGUUUUAAGUUUUUGUCUGGUCUCGUGAGACUUAGCGCUAAUUAUAUUGCACGAGCACUAACGAGGUACAGCGAACGUAACAUAGGGAAGCCUUCACUGAUGAAACAAAAAGCCCGACAAUUGCCAUAAGAAGUUUAAAGAAUUAACGUCAGUUUCUCGUGCGUCUGUCCCGUUAUUGAUCAUGAAUUUUGUCAUAACGUUGUCAAAGUAGCUGUGGAUUCACGAGGCGAAAGCCAAGUAGAUCCGCAGACUACUUUGACACUGUUAUGACGA